AGAAAGCCCAGCUCUGUGGAAGAACAUACCGCACACAAGCAAGCUCACCAACACCGCCACCAACACCACCAUCCAGCUGGUCCAUAAGCUGUCAAGCUGCAACAUUGACUACAUACAUUCGGUAAAGCACGUCUUUCUAUCGCGGCCUUGGAAGAUGAAGGCUCUUCUCGCUUAGUGUUCAUGCCUGAAGCUGACGAGGAAACCCGUGUCCAAUCUUGAAAACGUUGCUGGACUACACCGGUGCAUUCAUUCUUUGGGUGGUUAAGUGUCAUUGAACUUGACUGAACUUUGAGCGGCAUGGCCUCUUCCGAACAGUUGAGGAUGCUCCAGCGGUUGCAAAGCACCCCCUCGGCCGUCACCCUCGAAGGGUUGAGUGCGGGACAAGCGUCCUUGUCGGACGAAGAGGAUCUGGGAUUGUCCGUGGUGGGAUCGAAAAAGCGUCUGGAGGACGAGGAAGGGAGCGAGUCUCCAGCCGCUUUUAUGGACAAGAAUCCACUCUCAUCGAGCUUAAAGAGCGAGAGCCAACAAUAUCGGGAAAUGGCCAAACGUUUGAUUGGUUCCCAAGAUGAGAAAUAUCUCUCCAACGAGAUUUCGGCUCCUUACGAGGUGCCUCAAUAUCCUAUCGAACAGAUCGAGACCAAACUCAUCAGUUCACUUCCUAUGGUGGCCAGACAUAAGAUAGCUCGUGGCCUCUCGUUAGACUCUGCUGCCUUUCAGGCCACGUCUUCCGCCGCCGCAUCCAAUUUUUCCACUGGCUCUGGCCACACUACGCCACGGGUCAAAUCCGAGUUGGAGGAUGGAAGCACGUCGGGAUCUGCCCCCGCCUCUGCAUCCACCCCCUUUGAGCCAAACUUGGCCACCAUUAAUGAUGAUGUUGGGGAUUGCGAGGAUGAUCCAGAUUCCGAGGGGGCCGAUCCCACUGCUGGAUACAUUGACAAUGAAUACGUCCCUUACUUCCAACGAGUCUCCAUCACUGGCGAUGACAACACUGGGAGGUCUUUUCGCAAUCGGAAAGCAUCUGCAAUUUACACAAAUGGUCCCUUAGGCUUCUUCAUCAAUCCUACAAGCACGACUAUGGCCAAGUCGACUGUGGCGGGGGUUCCGAUGGAAGACCUUCAGAACGCCUCCAAACUGCUCGUGCAAGCUCUGCAGAUUCGCGAAGACUACAUGAGGAUGUCCUAUCAAGCCUUUCCAUCUGUUUGCAAGAGGUUCAUGAAGAAAUUGGACGGGACUGCUCAUAAACAUGUGGAACACCCUGACCGCGCCACAAUCGAAGGUGGUUUUGAAGUGGUCACCGAGGAUGGUGCUCCUCCGCCACUACCACAACAACUUCCCCCAUUGAAGAUGCCCGCGAAGCCGUUCGUCAUGCCGCGAGCGCCUCCGCCGUCCGCGGCUGACUUGGCCGAGAUGGCAGGAGAAACAUCAUAUCAUCCCAUCCAUCCACCCAAAUCGACCUCGAACCCGUGGGACAUUGAUGUGAUCGAGGACUGCGGCUACGAAAUUCGCCUGGAAAAAGGCGUGUUCCAAUUGUACAAUGAAGGAGCACGCUUGGACUACGAAUACCCCGAUCUAGGCAAAUUCAUCAAGGAUAUGCAUCUCCUCUGCGCAUUGAUCGCAGACGGACCUCUGAAGUCAUUCUGCUACCGACGCUUGAGCUAUCUCUCUUCCAAGUUCCAACUCCACGUGCUUUUGAAUGAAUUGAGAGAGCUGGCUGCUCAAAAAGCUGUGGCCCAUCGGGAUUUCUACAACGUCCGAAAGGUUGACACUCAUAUUCAUGCUGCCUCGUGCAUGAAUCAAAAGCACUUGCUUCGCUUCAUCAAGAAGGCCUUGAAGACGGAGGCCGACACUUUCGUGUGCAAAACCAAGGAGGGGACGGAUAUGACUUUGAAACAGGUCUUCACGUCCAUGAAUCUAACGGCAUACGACCUCACGGUCGACAUGCUGGAUGUGCACGCGGAUCGCAACACGUUCCAUCGAUUUGACAAGUUCAAUGCUAAAUACAACCCUAUUGGCGAGUCGAGACUCAGGGAGGUCUUCAUGAAAACCGACAACCACAUCAAAGGAAGAUUCUUUGGAAAACUCUUGAACGAGGUUUUCAAUGACCUGGAGGAGUCCAAGUAUCAGAACUCGGAGCCUCGUUUGUCCAUUUAUGGCAGAAGCAAAUCCGAGUGGGACAAAUUGGCAGAGUGGGCGGUUUCCAAUAACGUGUACUCGGACAACGUGCGUUGGCUGAUCCAGGUGCCAAGACUGUUUGACAUCUAUAAGUCGAACAAGCUGAUCAACAAUUUUGAAGAGAUCCUCGACAACCUCUUCCGACCCUUGUUUGAAGUGACUAAAGAUCCUCAAUCUCAUCCGGACCUCCACAAGUUCCUCCAAUACGUGAUUGGCUUCGAUUCGGUGGAUGACGAGAGCAAGCCAGAGAACCCAUUGUUUGACAAAGAUGUUCAGACCCCUGACGAAUGGACGGAUGAGGAAAACCCACCCUACUCCUACUACAUAUACUACAUGUACGCCAAUAUCACCAUCCUGAACCACUUCCGCAAGGAGCGUGGUCUCUCCACAUUUGUUCUUCGUCCUCAUUGUGGAGAAGCAGGAGCGAUCCAGCAUCUGGUGGCCGGAUUCAUGAUGAGUGAGAGCAUCUCUCACGGCCUCUUGUUGAGGAAGGUGCCCGUCCUCCAGUACUUGUAUUACUUGAGCCAAAUUGGCAUCGCCAUGUCUCCCUUGAGCAACAACUCGCUCUUUUUGAACUACAAUCGCUCGCCGUUGCCCGAGUACUUGGCCAGAGGAUUGCACAUUUCCCUUUCCACUGACGAUCCACUUCAAUUCCACUUCACUAAGGAACCUUUGAUGGAAGAAUACUCAAUUGCCACGCAGGUGUGGAAGAUGUCCUCCUGUGACAUGUGUGAAUUGGCCAGGAACUCGGUCGUCAUGAGUGGGUUUUCCCAUCAUAUGAAGCAACAUUGGCUCGGUCCCAAUUACAUGCGAGAGGGCGUGGCAGGAAACGAUAUGACCCGAACCAAUGUCCCUGACAUCCGUGUGGCCUAUCGUUACGAGACUUUGGUGGACGAGCUCACCAACAUCUUCAGAAGUGUUGAGGACCUUCCCGAGUAAAGCGUUCGAUUAGAGCAACAUACACAUUUUCCUCGUCACAUCUUGGCAACGAAUGGUUGAUUUCGCCUCAUAGUUGUCCAUGCAAAUCAGGACUUGAUCAAUUGUAUUCAUCCUACUACUCUUGCCAUUUAUUCAUUCUUACUUACUUACUCACUUGCUUGCACUACCCCGUAAAUAGGACAUACAUAUAAAACUUGGACGCUUGCCAAAAAAACAUAUAUUCUCGUAAAAUUGUUUGCUAUUCAUAGCUCAUAUUUGAACCACCAAAUAAAUGAUUGUUCCAAUUGAUUGUUUUAUCAAA